GUGAGGUAAAAACGAUCAAAUUAAAUCUGCUGAUAUAAAAAAUCUUGAGAAAAAUCAUGGCAUAAAAAGGACACUACUAUUAUAUAUAUAUGAAUUUGUUGUGAAGAAGAAAUUAAAGAGGCAGAGAAAUGCUAGUGCAAAGCUUCAUAGAGAGGCUUAGGCCCCUUGUGGGGAUCAAGGGCUGGGAUUACAUCGUGCUGUGGAAGCUCAGCGAUGAUCGCAGGUCUAUUGAGUUGAUGGAUUGCUGCUGUGCCGGAGGAGACAACGCCGACGAGCUCGGCUUCGAGGCUUCUUCUUCUACCCUUCCUUGUAGAGACGUCAUGUAUCCUCAUCCAAGGCUCAAGUCAUGUGAUUUACUUGACCUCAUUCCUUCAUCCAUGGUGUUGGAUUCUGGAGUUCAUGCACAAACCUUGUGCUCAAACCAAGCUAGGUGGCUCAACUACUCACACAGCUCAGAUUCAAGCCUCUCAUCACAAGAUGAUAUUGGAACUCGAGUUUUGAUCCCGUUGUCCGUGGGAUUAGUGGAGUUGUUCGUGAAUAAUCAGGUGGGUGAAGACGAAGGUGUGGUGGAUCUGAUCAGGGUGCAAUGCAGCAUCUUCCUGGAGCAUCAGACAACGAUGAGUAACUCCGGGACCACAGACUCCUUCUCCUCCGGUCAAAAGGAUCCAAUGAGCCUCUUCCAGCAGCCGGUUUCGUCUCCCAAUGAGAAGAUGAUGGAGUUGCCUAACGACAUCUCCAUUGACAGGAUCCAUCUCUCCAACGGCAUAUUUCUGGAGGGGGAGUGCAUCUUUACUCCGUCAAUGGAGAAUGCGUUUCACGAUCAGAUGCAGGAGGAGUGUGAGAACAAUCGAUCGGAUGACUCGGAUCCUAAUGAUCAAGAUGAAGAUGAUCCAAAAUACAGGAGGAGGACCGGGAAAGGGCCCCAGUCAAAGAACCUUGAGGCCGAGAGGAAGAGGAGGAAGAAGCUCAAUGACAGGCUCUACGCCCUUCGUGCAUUGGUGCCCAAUAUUUCUAAGUUGGAUAGAGCUUCUAUUCUUGGAGAUGCAAUCGAGUAUGUGAAGGAGCUGCAAAAGCAGGCGGACGACCUGAAACUCGAGCUGGAACAGCAGUCUGACGACGAGGGGAGCGCAAGAAGGACAGACGAGUUCCCACAGAUUCAACAAAAACGCGGCCCUAAACGCGAGCAGGAGAGUCUUGCUAGUGGCUAUCACAACGCCUCCAAACAGAAGCAUGAGAGCGAUCAAAAAGUGCAGCAAAUGGAGCCCCAAGUGGAGGUGUACCAAGUGGAUGGGAAGGAGUUCUUCGUGAAGGUAUUUUGUGAGCAUAAAAGUGGUGGAUUUGUGAGAUUGGUGGAGUCUCUCUGUGCAAUGGGACUCGAAGUAUCUAAUGUUAACACAACCAGACACACUUGCUUGGCUUCUAGCAUCUUCAAAGUCGAGAGGAAGAAUGAGGAGACGGUGGAAGCUGAUGAUGUGAAGGAGUCGUUGCUGGAGCUGACGAGAAAUCCGUCGGGAAUGUGGGGUGGUCACGGCGGAGCUGCAGAAUCGGAAACCAACAAUGACGAGAUGCACCACUCCUUGUGCACUUCCCACCAUCAUCAACACUAACCACUACGAGCCUCUCUCUUUUUUUUUCUUUUUUUUUUUUCACUUUUUUAAUUACACACACUCAGAUAUGUCUUGAAUUAUAAUAAUUAAAAAGAUUAUCGCCUUGAUGCAAGUUUAGGCGAAUCAUAA